AGGCCCAUUGGAUAUAGACCCAAAAGUAACAGAACCCUUCGCCCUUUUACACUUUCCCGGGAGUCCAAAGACGGACCUGCUCUUCGGUUCCACCGCACCGAGCUUCGGAGGAGUCACCUCUUCGCACCAUGCGCACGUUAGCAUCCAAGCUCACCGCUUAUUCGAAGUAUUACUGUACAAGAAGCCCGGUGCGCAAUGCGCCGCCCCGCAAUUUCUCAACUCACAACGGCAGAGAUGAACUCUCCCUCGAAGAGGAAGCUGAAAGAAAAAUUGGAUGGAUGUUGAAGCUGAUAUUUGCUGGGACUGCAACUUGCGUAGCUUACAACAUCAUGCCUUAUAUGGGGGAUACUUUGUUGCAACAGUCCGUUUCGCUGUUGACGGUCAAGGAUCCUUUGUUUAAGAGAAUGGGGGCUUCUCGAUUGGCUCAGUUUGCGGUUGAUGAUGAAAGGAGAAUGAAAAUUGUGGAGAUGGGUGGUGCUCAAGAGCUCGUGAAUAUGUUGGGGGCCGCUAAAGAUGACAGCACAAGGAAGGAGGCUUUGAAAGCUCUUACCGCUCUAUCACCCUCAGAUAAAGCUCUUGGAGCUUUGCACCAAGCUGGGGCAAUCUCAGUUAUCAGAUCCACCCCUGAUUCUUUGGAGAACGCUGAAAUCGAGAAAUACAAGUUGGGCUUACUCAGGAGAUUUCAAGAUCUGAGAUACGAUUUUCCAACCGCAGAUGUUUCAAGGUCGUUAGAUUCUUAAUCUCCAAUUAUACGCUGCAUCACAUCCUCUUCAACGCCAUGUAUCGAUUUGUAAGAACAGAUGGGUAUGCCCCGUAUCUUCCCUUUUGUCCCUUAAACGUAGUAAACAGAGUUUGAAUUCAGCAAAUUGGCUUUAACUCA